AGGCGGCGGUGGAGAGACGGCAGCAGGUUUCAACGAAGAUGAUCCGGUCACGAUUCAACGUUUUCUCAAGAUCAAUGUGCGGCACAUUACCGAUGGCCAGGGCGUUGUCGGAGGAGUUCUAUUAGUCACUCCAAACGCCGUUAUGUUCGAUCCUAACGUCUCGGAUCCGCUUGUUAUCGAGCAUGGACCGGAAAGUUACGGGGUGAUUGCCCCGAUGGAGUUCAUCGUCAAUGCUGCCAUUUUCAACGACAUUGCCCACAUGAGGGUGCAGGGCGCCACCGGUGGCAACGAAACGGCCGAAAAGGCAGAAAUCUACUAUCCGGUUCCGGAAAAGUCGUGCUCUCGGUGUGACACUCACUCCCCUGGAAAAGAUUCCCUUCUAGUGAAAGACGAAACCUUCCCGGAGCUGGGCGUCGGUUCGGUCGAGGGAUGUGACGAUCAGGAAAGUAUCUGUUCCAGCAACGAACGAGAAGGGGACGCUUUCCCGAAAGCAUUCGAACGGGAUCUUGUCACACCGAACAAUCUGCAGCGGCUGCACGGGGAUUCAACCGAGAGCGGCGGAAGUUCCGAGAAGCCACCCUCGGCCGAACCUCCCUAUCUGGGGUACGAUCGCGAUUCCCAGUCGCACACGCCAAACUCGCUGGACAGCCACAGCCACAGCGGACCGGAUUCGGCUGGCUUGACCAACAAGGGUCUCAGUGACAAGACUGAUGGCAAACAAGGCCCCGGAGGAAAUUUGGAGGAUCCAACGCUUCGUACCCUGGAGGAGCGAAGGCGCAGUCUGUUGGAUCAGCACUGGGCUAUCCCCAGCAAAGAUAGAUCGCUGGACGAUGAGGAAGCAGUCAGCACCGGAAGUGCAGCGACGGCCGGUUCCGUAGGGGGCCUGGUGGCUCCGAUCGCCGAGAUUGCUCCUAUUCUAGGUGGUGCUGCCGGCGAGGACGUCGCUGACGGGCAGCUAGUUAAGCAGUCCUGCCACGAUUCUGGCAUCGACAUUCGUGAUCCCAACUCGCUGCCCGGAAGUGUGGCCGGAGGAGUAGCAGCGGCCGGGGCAGUUGCACCGGCUCCGGUUGUUGCCCCGAACCCAUCCAAAAAGACCUAUAGCGAUGCCGACAUCGUGCUCAGUGACGAUUGGGUCCCACCGUUAACGAUUGCCCCGACCAGUUGCAUUGACAGCUCUCCGAGGAACUCGACAGCCGCCUCAUCGCAGCACAGUUCCCUUUCUGCUGCCAGCCAGGUGGACGGUGCCGGAAGGAAGAAAACGUCUAGCGUUAGUUUCAGCGUCGAAGAACACGACCCCCAUGGAUCCCAAGGUGGACUGGACAAGGGCGCAGAAACCAAGAAAAAUAAGAUGCUAAAGCGGCUCUCGUAUCCGCUGGCCUGGGUGGAAGGACUCACCGGCGAAGGAGGUAGCACUAGUCACAAAUCGGACUCGAUUGAAUCCGCUCCCAACACUGGAGACUCAAAUCAAAGUGUAUUUUCAAAAGUAUUCUCAAGCUCGCCCAUAACGCUCGUUUCGGAACUGGGGGGCAAUCUAUUCCUAUCGAAAACCCCGUCGGAAGAUUCGGGUGGUUCACCGGUUCCACCGUUGACCCCUCAUGAUGGGGCCUUAGCCGGUCACCACCAUCACCAUCAGCAGCAGCAUCAUCAUCAUCCCCAUCUCCAAGGGGUUCUCUCGGCACCGAUCGGUGGUGCCGCGGCCGGGCGCUCCUCGAUAGGAACCUUCAUCCGGCCCCAUCCCUCGUCGGGGGAGGGAGCCCCGGGCAGCACCGGAGGCGGCGUCGGCAAACAGAAACAGGCCCCUCCCAAGCUGGACUACCGCUCGAUGGUUUCGAUCGACGACAUGCCGACGCUGUUCGUCAGCUUCGAUAUGAGGGCGCCAUUGUUUCCACAGCUAGAGAAACUUGAGCUCAUCCCGCGGCCUGCUCGAGCCUGUCCGGACCCACCGAUGUAUCUGCGGUUGCGGAUGGGUCGCAAGGCGGGCCAGGAAGCGGCCCUCCCGACUACGGUCAUGUCCUACGGCAAGAACAAACUGCGACCGGAGUAUUGGUUCAGCAUUCCCAAAAAUAAGGUUGAUGAGUUGUACCGAUUCCUGAACGCCUGGGUUCAGCAUCUGUACGGAGAACUGGACGAGAAGGCCAUCAAGGAACGCGGCUACGAGCUGAUCCAGAUGGACACCGAGUGGACGACCAAAACCGGCAGCCCGACCAAGGAUGGAAGGUCUGCUAGUGAAGGCGAGAUAACCGAGUACACCCGCGAAUCCUGGGAGCUCCUGAAGGCACCGUUCGUUAAAACCUAUAAUAUAAUCAAGAGUCAAACCGGAUCCAACGAUUUGGAUGGUUGUGAG